AUGCUAGUGAAUGCACAAGGUUCUACAAAACUGUUUUUCCCACUCCAUCAUCGCCGCGACCUGGGCCGACAGCCUGAGGGCCUUGCAGGUCUACCGAAAGUACUCACGUUCUAUCGGGGUGAAAUAGAACUUGAGGUCUACAAAGACUUGUUGAGGUGGCUUGUCAAUGCACAGCGGCUCAAGAAGAAAGUCCAAGGCAGUGACACUAAACCGAAUUGUCUUAGUGUUGCAGGCUUUACUCAUACAGAACUUACAAAAUGGGCCACGGAUGCUCUGAAUGCUGUCGUCACUUGCCAUGCAAACAAGGACAUUACCAGCUGGAAGUCAAUGGGUGAUGGCAAAAACCAGAUCAAACAAUUGAAGGGCACUAUCACAAUGCUCCACCGCGACUUUACGGAGUUCCAGUUGACCUUUGACCUAGCCAAGAGCAAGGCACAGAUGGACUUGCAGUGUGACAAUGUUGUCACUACCAUGCUGCUGGACGGCUCAUUUCUAUCUGGGGACUUACAGUUGAGGCAAGUCGGGGGCAUAGAUGCCACCCGCUUCCCCAGUCAACAAAUUAAGGAUUGCACCACUGCAAAAUGGGAUGCAGUAGAUAGAAACCCAAAGAGAACGCUCUGGGCCGAAGCAUUGAUCAAUAUUCUGAAUACUGCAAGAGAGAACAUUGAACAAAUGAACAAUCGACUUAUUGCACCUGGAAUCUGCCAUUUCUUUAUGGACAUUAGCAGGCGAGAAUUAUUUCUGCACGUUGCUUCUCGUGCAAAGACGUUGGCAGUGUGCGAAACACUUGGCGCUGGGAUGGGGACGAAGCAGAAGGAUGUGGAUGGUGGAAAAGAUAAAGGAAAGGAGAAAGAGAAAGUUGGCACAAUAAGAGCAAGACGGUGCCAGAGGAUACAAGCUCGAGAUUUGUGCUGCGAUCGUGCACUGGACUAUUCGUCACUUACGCAUGUGCACUGUGUCGUGGAUUUGGAGGACAUGAACAUGAUAACUGUAAGCAGCGAGGAAAGACGCAAAUGUCAGUUGUUUGGAUGUCAUACUCUACCUCUGCCAAACAAAUUUUUAACUGCGUUGUUGGAGAUACCCAAGGCACUAGAUGUGUACUCCAGAUUGACAAUGGUGAACAUUAUUCUCAACUGGUUUGAGAUGAAGAAUGUUGCUUUGACAAUAGAAUCAUUUGCAAUCCUGCAGAGACCUGUUAGACGUGAGGCCGAGGCUGGUUCUUACUGA